AGCAACUGUAUAUAAGAGCUGAAAUGAUGAAUGACUUCACAGCUCGAAAGAUCUCCCAUUCUCUUUCGUUCAUUAUACGACGUGGACUUGAUUCGUGACGUUGAAGAUGAUGAAGUUAACUAUUCUGCUCGCUGUGAUUGCCAUCGCUCAGCAAGCUUAUUGCGGUUGUGGUCACCAAUAUGGGCAUCAAUAUGGGCAUCAAUAUGGGCAUCAAAAUGGGCAUCAAUAUGGGCAUCAAAAUGGGCAUCAAAAUGGGCAUCAAUAUGGGCAUAAUCAAUAUGUAGUCACUAGUGGUAACACAGCCGUACAGCAUAGUCCAUCGCCGAAUCAGGUUUCCUUUGUGAGGGGCGGUCAGCACUCUUGCGGAGGUUGCAUGAUUAGUCGUCAACAUAUUCUCACUUCAGCUCAGUGUGUACAGAACCCGACAGACUUACAUGUCGUGGUCAGACACCCUAACGCACCGAAUGGCGAAACUCACAAGAUCAAGCACGUUCACGUACAUCCAGAGUACAGUGGACAACAGCAGUGCGAGAAUAAUGUCGCCGUGGUCUCGUUGUCACAGCCAAUCUCGUGCAAUCACGAGCAAGUCGCAGUCCCUGUAGCAACUCAAAAUUAUGCAACCUGCGAUCAAUGCACUGGCACCAUAAGUGGAUGGGGAAAAACUUCGCCAGCACCUCAAUGGUAUCAAGUGAAUAUCAAGACCCAAAAGAGCUGUCCUGAAUAUUGCCAAUGUCAACGUCCAAGCACCAACAAUCAGAUAUAUGUGGCUGUCCAACCAGGACAAGGCGAAUGCACAGGUAAUGCUGGUAGCCCUCUCAUCGUGAAUAAUGAGGUUGUUGGCGUUUUGGCUAAGAAAACUGCUUCGGGAGAAUUUGGAUGUACUAAUGUUUACCAACAUCGUGAUUUUAUCGAAUCAUGUCAAUCCAGCUACUAAUAUGUAUUUAAAACGUUAUCUGUCAUUCAAAUAUUAAUAUUCUCUUAAUUUUGUAAAUAAGACAAUAUUCUACAAAGAGCACUAUCAAAUAUAUAAAUUAGGUUAGUUUUCACAAUGAAAUAAAAACUAUAUUAUAAUUAAACAGAAUUCUCAAUAAAAAGCUUCUAAUUUUUAUUGAGAAUUCCGUUGGACCGUAAUAUAGCUUUUAUUUCAUUGUGAAGUCUGUAACAUUUUUAUAGGUGCUCCGUAUAGAGUGUUUCGUCUUAUUUAAAUUACGAUAUAAAAAUAUAAUAUAAUUCUUGCAGCAACGUA